AUGCCGGCGACGUGGCUGGUUGCGUUGGUGAGCUGGCUGGUGGUCGGCGUCGCCCGAGGGGGCAGCUUCUCCGAGGACGUUGAGAUAGUAUGGGGGGAGAGCAAGGCCAAGAUAUUCAAUCACGGGGAGCUCCUGGAGCUCUCCCUGGACAAGGACUCCGGCUCCGCCUUCAAGUCCAGGAACGAGUACCUCUUCGGCAGGAUUGACAUGCAACUGAAGCUCGUCGCCGGCAACUCCGCCGGCACCGUCAAGACCUACUACGUACGAGCCAUGGGACCACCUUCACAACCCUCUCCUCCAGCGUCAUCCUCGAAUUGAUCCAUGGCCGCCGCCGCCUAUCGCCCUUGCAGACGACCUCUCUCGGGGACGCCCACGACGAGAUCGACUUCGAGUUCCUCGGCAACGUCACCGGUCAGCCCUACAUCCUCCACACGAACGUGUUCUCCCAAGGAAAAGGAAACCGGGAGAUUCAAUUCUACCUCUGGUUUGACCCCACAAGGAACUUCCACACAUAUUCCAUCCUCUGGAACCCGCAGCACAUCAUGUACACUACCCAAACCCUAACUCUUCUUCUUCUUCUUCUCGCGUUCAUCGUCGUCGGGAUCCUCAUAAGGGACUUCAAGAACAGCGAGCACAAGGGGGUGCCGUUCCCGAAGAGCCAGCCGAUGAGGAUCCGAGGCAGCCUGUGGGGCGCGGAGGGCUGGGAGACGAGGGGCGGGCUGGAAAAGACGGACUGGUCUGAGGCGCCGUUCAUGGCCUUCUACAGGAACCUGCAGACAGAUGGAUGCGUGGGCUGGACCUACCCCUACAGCAUGUCGAGGACCUGGUUCAAGCAGGAGCUGGACGCUCAUCAGCGAAGGCAGAUGAGGUGGGUGAAGAAGAGGUUCAUGAUCUGCGACUACUGCGCCGACGUGAGGAGAUUCGCCAGGGGGCUGCCAACCGAAUGCAGCUAG